AUGGACAGCCUGGGCUUGGGGCCCGUUUUGGGCCUACUCUUCAUUGUGGCGGUGCACGGAACAGAUGUCGUGAUUGUCAAAAACGGCAGAAGGAUAUGUGGCACGGGAGGCUGCUUAGCCAAUGCACCUUUGCAUCAGAACAAGAGCUAUUUUGAAUUUAAAAUCCAGUCCACAGGGAUUUGGGGUAUUGGAGUUGCAACCCAAAAAGCAAACUUGAAUCAAAUUCCCCUUGGUCGAGAUGUCCACAGCCUGGUGAUGAGGAAUGAUGGAGCUCUUUAUUAUAACAACGAGGAGAAAAACAGACUGCCAGCAAACAGCCUUCCUCAGGAGGGCGACGUGGUGGGUAUAACAUAUGAUCAUGUAGAAUUAAAUGUGUAUUUAAAUGGGAAGAACAUGCAUUGUCCAGCUUCAGGAAUCAGGGGGACUGUCUAUCCGGUGGUAUAUGUUGAUGACAGUGCCAUUCUGGAUUGCCAAUUCAGUGAAUUUUAUCAUACACCUCCACCAGGGUUUGAAAAGAUCCUCUUUGAGCAGCAAAUCUUCUGAAUGGCUUCAUACUGAAAACCUGCACCCUGCACUGUUACAAAAGCUUUGUCAUCUUAAAUAAAGCUUCACGUUACCUUUAGGAAACAUACCUGUAUUUUUAGUAAGUACUUGUGACGGUUGUGUGCAGAACGGAUGCGUAAACUGCAACACCAGAUUAUUGUGUUGUAAAAUGCUAGGUUUCUGACAGUGUUUUGUGGGUGAAAAUCAGUUAUUCAGGGCAGGCUUUUUGUUUGUUUGUUUGUUUUCUGAUUUGUACUUGAUGCAUAAGGAAACUAAGGGAUAUAAUUGAUACCAGUAUUAAAUUCAGUAUUUCGAAUCAACUCAAGCUCUGUAA